AUGCACGCCCGGCUUGGAUACUCUAGUUACGCGGCAUAUCGGCUCGAGAGGCGAUUAGCAGAGUCUUCGCGUUGGGGAUAUGGGUUUAUGGAUACCUAUGCUCGAAUAUACUCUCUUUUCACAGGCCGUAAGGGAGGUAAAGAGUUUACUCGCUAUUGCCGGACUAGUCCAGCUUCGACUUUUCCAACUAUUUCCACUACUACUAUUACUAUCACUACUACAACCAAUCCCACCACCACCGCUCCCAUGGAAGAACAAGUCUCCCAUCUCGUCGACAAGCUCCAACACAAACUCGCCAACCUCCCCGCGAACAAACGAUAUCUCGUCGCCGUGAGCGGGAUACCCGGGUCUGGAAAAACCACCCUCGCCUCCCGAGUAGCCAACUCGCUCAAUUCCCGCUGUCGCCGCUCGGACACACACGAAAAGAGCGCCGCCGCCGCCGCCGACACGACGCCCACCACUUCUGCCCUCGAUGUCGCGACGUUCCUGCCCAUGGACGGCUAUCAUCUCACACGCGCGCAACUCUCUGCCCUCCCCGAUCCAGCACAUGCUCACGCGCGUCGCGGCGCAGCAUUUACAUUUGACGCGCCGGCAUUUUUGGCAUUGGUGAAGAAAUUGCGGGAGCCGAUUGGUGCAGAUACAAAGACUAUUUACGCGCCGAGUUUCGACCACGCGGUCAAAGAUCCUGUGGAAAGGGAUAUUGCGAUUCCGGGCUCGAGUCGGGUGGUGGUGAUGGAAGGGAAUUAUUUAUCUUUGGGAAAGGACGAGUGGAAGGAGGCGGCGGGGUUGAUGGAUGAGUUGUGGUUUGUCGAGGUGGAAGAGGAGGUUGCGAGGAAGAGAUUGGUGAGGAGGCAUGUGGCGAGUGGGAUUGCACGGGAUGAGGAGGAAGCGGGGAGGAGGGCGGAUGAGAAUGAUUUGGUGAAUGGGAGGGAGAUUGUGGAGGGGCGGUUGGAGGUGCAUGAGGUGAUUCGGAGUGAGGAGGAUGAGAGGUGGGGGCCGGAGAGGCAGGGUGUUGAGAAGGAGAUGGGGAGCACGAGGUGAAGGAAUAUUGAGUCGUAAUAUGUUGAAGCUACGUAAGGUGUGAUAUACAUGAACGACGAGCGAGACAGCAGCUCUUGCUGUGGACAAUGGGCUAUCGCGAUACAUGCUCUGUAGAUGGGGGUUGCAUGCAGGUCAACAAGAGCAUCAGAAGGCGGUGCUAGCAACAAGUAGGGUGUUGCAGUCUUUUGCGUGGAGAGCGAUGUGACAGGAGGAGUAAGUAGCAGUCAGUCGCAGAGCAGUAGUAUUCCGCCCAGCAUGGAGGCUCUGUAUAGUGCAUGUCGACAUGUGAAGAGAAAGUAAGACACCUACCUAGUACCUAUGGUCGGUCGUCAUAACAGAAGAUGGCCGUCGUCAUAGCAGAGGGUCGUCAUAGCACAUCACCACUUUCGGCUUUCAAUCUUGGCGGUGGAGGAGAUUGCGACAAACAGG